AUGCGGAGCGGCAAGUGUUGGGAGCAGACUGUAAACAGCUUUUUCUCUGAUGCCUGCUUAUUAAAAUUUCCCUCUUUCUUACAGGCAGAUGAAUUUAUCCGAGCUAAUGCCUGCAACAGAUUAACUGUCAUAGCUGAGCAAAUCCAGUAUCUGCAGGAGCAGGCCCGGAAGGUCUUGGACGAAGCUAACAGAGAUGCUGAUCUUCAUCAUGUAGCCUGCAAUAUUGUGAAGAAACCAGGAAACAUCUACUACCUGUACAGGCGGGAAAGUGGCCAGAGAUACUUUUCCAUCCUUUCUCCUGAGGAAUGGGGGACCAAUUGCCCACAUGAGUUCCUUGGUGCCUAUAAGCUUCAGCACGACAUGUCCUGGACUUCAUCCGAGAACACUGAGAAACGAGAUGCUGAAAUUAGCACCCUUGACAAGUUGCUGAGCCAGCAGGCAGCGUUGCCUCAGUGUACGGAGCCCAACUUCCAAGGCCUCACCAAGUGAAGCAGGCUGACAGUAACUGCGCAGGCAUUCUGAACAGCUUCUAGAAGAGGAUGGAUUUUCCUUACCUGACUAUUGCAAAAGGAGUUCUAAGAAUGGAGACCAAGAAAUUAAAACAGACUUUAGCAGCUCAGUUCAGCUAC